AUGGCGACGAACCCGUUUGACCCAACCAUCACUGGCCUACCUUUCUUCGAUAUAUACAGUGACCCGAUCGGUACCGCCAGGACCAAUGGGUUAGCGCUGCCAGGAGGAGCUUGCAACUUCGUGGACCUCAGCCCCGGUGCCAAUGGUGCCAAGUGUGGGUGUCGGAGGUUCUGGAUACGUUCUACAGGAGGGACCCCGAACUUGGACAGUACCAGCUGGUGUAUGUGCAACCAUCACGCCUGCUUCCAUGAUGAAGGAUCCCAUGAUGUACCGCCAGUCGAGUUUCGCGUCCCGGAGCCUGGCCAGGAAAAUGAACGGCCUCGAACUGGCCGGGAGCCCCUCAGCCCAAUGAUCGACCAAUCCCAGAGGAUGCUGUUGCCUGCCUCGGGUCUAGGCCUCCCAAGCUUUGGAAUCGACGACAAACUAUCCUUUAUCUAUAAUGAUCCGGAUUUCAAGGUGACCGAGGUGGCCACGGAGAAACCCAUUCCCAGUAGCAUCCAACCCGCCACUGGCUCCUUACCUGAUACCUUGGGCUGGGGGGAACCGAUGAGCAACAAACCUCCCGCCAGCCCCUCCCAGUUUCUGAUCCCAUCCCAGGCCAGCUCCACCACUUCUUCCAUCCGGGCCAGGUACCUCAAGCCAUUUGCUGGCAAAGGACUUAACACACUGGGCAGUGUCCAGGAGACCAAGUUCAAGCCACCCUUACCACCAACUGCUGAUCCCAACCCACCCACCCAUCCCAAUAGUGCGCCAAUCGUAGAGGACUCAUUUGUACUAGUACCAGCGAAUAAGGACCACCCCGGAGCAUCCCAGGAGACCACGCAGCAUGAGCCUAGGGCCUCUGCCUUUGGAGAAACAACGCGUCAAGAGUUCAAAAACUUAUCUGAUGCAGUCGUUGCAAAUGAGCAGCGUCUUGAGAGGCUCGAGAAUGUAUCAUUCUCUGCUGGCAACGAUGAAUGCCACGAGAGGCAUGACCAGAUGGACCUUCGAGUAACCGACUUGGAGAGCAGGAUGGAGGAAGCUGAGAAACAGGCCGCGGAAUAUGCGGCUGCGGCAUCCCGACAAGCCGACAAGACGGACGAUUCAGCUACACAAAGCGUUGCAUCAUUUUCAACGGAAGCAACAAAUCGGCCAAGUCACUCGCAAGAACUUUACAGCCAACUGCAGACUUUACAGGCACGGGUGGAUUCCUUGCAAUCCGCAUUGCCAUCUCCCAAUCAUGCUUGGGAGAUUGAGGUUGUAUACCUCCCAUUUCCCCUCAAGAAAGUGUGGCAAGAUGAAUCAGCAGCUCGUGGUGCUGAACGAUCACAGCUCCCUAUGACAUACAGCUCUGAGAACGUCACGUCCAUGUCUCCACUCUACCAAGAUUGGGCCAACUCGAUGCACGAGGCACAAUGGCUCUUCCCAAAAGCAUGUGGUGAUAAGAGCAUCACGGACAAAAGGCUGCGCAGUCGAGGUCUCAUCAAGAAAUUGUCUGUGUAUGGCCCUGAUGCCAGGAGCGUGGACGCUGCCAUGCAUCAAGCGUUUGGCAGUGUAUGGCAGGAAAUGCACAUUCGGACCCAAGCCAACUCAGCAAACCCUCGCACGUCCAAAUUUCUUGGCCUUCACUCCUCAUGGGUACCACUUCGCAAACUUCACAAAGAUUCGUGCCUUCGCUUUCUUAGCCCGGCAGAGAUGCUUACACCUGCUAUCUGGACUGUGCAGUUCUUGACUACUGUCAUGAUGCGGUCGUCUGAACCUAGACUGUUUGUCACCCAUCCCGACGCAUACCUUCAGGACUUGAACUCGUAUGAAACUGGGUGGACGUGGCAGAGGGUCCGUGAACUGAGUCGGGUGUACUCUGAAAGCGACUCCCAGGGAGUUCCUGAGGCUGAUGCCAUGGAAGAGUAUUGGGCCUGGAACGAACGACUGGACGACCCGCCAAACGCCCCUGCAUCACUGAGCAUGCGACAUCUCAAGCAUACCCCACAUACAUCCUCAUCUUCAUCCAUAUCUCAAUAUCAUCCUGCUGUUAGCCACCUGCGGUCACCAAGUCCAGCUGUUAUUGCAUCAGGUGUGCCUGCAUACAUAUCACGGAGCCGACACAGCUCUCGCCCGUUACACGUCCGCACUACAUCACUACCUGUUGUUGAAUCAGAGCAGGAAUUACCUGCAGCUGGUAGGCGUCGUGUAAUGUCUGGUGGGGGAAGUCGUCGAGGAUCGCCAUCUGUCAAGGGCGUCUCACAGCAUGCUAUUCUCAAAAGACGCCGAACAAGAUCGCCAAACCAUCUUUUCACUCCAAGAUGGACAGCUUCCCCCAGCCCCAUGCCGGCGGGUCCUACUGCCAGAGGCCAUACCCCCUUCACAUAUGCUACGCCUCACAGCAAUGCUCCCCUUCAGGAUGCUCAGAUUCUCUCGGGUGGCAUCGCCUCGCCUUCAAUGGGGGCUCGGGGAUUUGAUGAAAUUGAUGCUUUCGAUGAACUUUACGAGAUCGAAAUAUACGAGAGUCCUUCGGACGAGGACUUCGAAGAUAAUGAGAGCACGGGCACUGUACAGGUUACCACCCGUGUCGAAACACAUACUGGUCCUGAAGCACAGAAUCGACAGUUGCCUGAGGAUGAGCCCUGGCCAGGGAUCGAGGAUCAAGACCAGCUGUCAGACGAAGAAAAUGUCGAUCCAAGAGAUGUCGACAUGUGCAGCGACUGCAGCAGUCAGCCCUCUGAGUAUCCCAGCACGCAUAAUGCAUGGCCAAAUAAUGGUGACGAGUUUCAGAUUCAUGAAGAUUAA